GAGGCCGGGCGGGGCGGGGCGAGCGUGGAAGCCCGGGGACGCGAGUCCCACCGCGCAGUUAGCGCCGCCUGGUUUAGGGCGGACCGGGUUAGAGACCUUCUGGAGUCGUCCUUAUGGGGAUGUGUUUUCCUUGCCCAGGAGAGUCCGCGCCUCCGACGCCGGACCUGGAAGAGAAGAGAGCAAAGCUUGCAGAGGCUGCAGAGAGAAGACAAAAGGAGGCUGCAUCUCGGGGAAUUUUGGAUGCUCAAUCUGUGGAAGAAAAAAGAAAGAAAAAGGAAAAAUUAGAAAAGCAAAUUGCUGCAUCUGGUCCUCCGCCAGAAGGUGGACUUAGGUGGACGGUAUCAUAAAGCAUGAGUGGAAGAGUCAGUGCCAAUAACUGUUUAAUAUCUGCAAUCAAGUGGACUUCCUCAGUUUAUUCCCUUUCUUUGGAUAAAUAAAGAUUCAGACUUUUUAAUAUUAUUGUCCUGACAUGCAGUGCUACAUAGAUAUUGAAAAUAUUGAAAAAGCAUUUAUUUUUUAAACUUAAA